AUGGAGGAGAGUAGUCUCUCCAAAAGGAAGGUAAUUCAUUGGUUGAGUAGGCAACUCUUGUGGUUAAGUCACAUCAGGGGUCCAAAACGUAUAGACUACCCCCAUUUUACCAUUACAACACCGAAUGGAAUGCAUCAAUUCGAUCUGUUGUACAUGCCACAUGACAAACUAUAUGGCAAUACGUACAGGUACAUUUUGACAGGCAUUGACGUAGCCUCACGUUAUAAAGUAGCAAGGCCGUUGCGAACGAAGAGAGCCAGCGAGGUCGCCGACAUGAUCAAAGAUAUCUACAAGGCAGGACCAUUAGACUACCCUAAAACCUUCCAGUGUGAUAACGGUUCUGAAUUCAAGUCAAAUGUAACGAAACUACUGGAGGACAAGGCUGUUGAAAUUAAGAGGGCCACCACGAAGUGCCACCAUACAUUCACGGCCUUCGUCGAAUUGUACAAUAAGGUACUCGCAGAAAGACUAUUCAAACACCAGGAUGCGCAGGGGCUAGUUUCCGGGGAGACUAGUACCAUUUGGGUGAAACACCUAUAUACUAUCGUAAAUGUCUCAACAAUACCAAGACUGCCAUGA